UUAUGGGUACAGCGUGGGUUAGUUUCAUAAGGGUGCCGGAAGCAGCACUGAGGACGGUACGCCUGUCAUUUAGGAGUUUUACAGUGAUCAGAUCGGCACUGCGUAAUUGCAAAAGAAAUGCGCGUUUGUGAUGCAGCGAUUCAUGUGUUUGGCUGCACGUCGGGAACUCGUUUUCUUGGCUUGUCCAUGGAAGAGGAAUAUUGUGUUAGUUAAACAAGACACCCACUGCCAGCCAUGGUGGCAUCAGCGCUUGCGCCCUUAUGCCAGCUGCGCGACCUCUCCAGAGCGCCCAUGGCAUCACCUGCGCAGACCGUCUGCGCCGUCUGCUGGUCAGCAGUGCAGACUUUAUAGUAAAGAUGCGGACAGGGACACUAAGGACACUGAGCAUCCUGGCAUUAAGGUGGUGGGCACCCCGGAUCCCAUCAUGUGGGUCAGGAAUAGGUUCAUCUUGUUUUUAACUGAACUGUAUUUUGGCUUGACGUUCAGUGUGGAGUUUGACAAUGGUGUGAAACAGGCAGCGGUCCAUGUGUCUGCUAUGCUCUCCAAAGGCAAGUUUGAUGAGCUGAGGAGUGUGAUGUCGAGAGAGGCUGUCGACACUGUCAGAAAGCAGUGUAAAACUCUGUCAGAGGCCCAGAAAAGACAUCUUGCAAUUUCCCUCGAUGACAUUAUAUUUCUGUUACCAGAGGAUGUGUCCGUAUUCUUUGACCUGAGCGGCAGAAAGUUUCUUUACAUCACGAUGAGGCUUUGGUAUCUGUCCAGCGCAGAUGUACCUGAGGACCCCGAGAGCACCCGUAUCUUCAAGAUGGAUUUAACUGACGAAGAUGAUCCUCAAAAGAAGAUCAUCACAGCUGUGUAUGAGUUUUAUCGUGAGUUGACUACUGGAGCUGAUCAAGAGUGGACGGUGACGCGGAUAUGGCACUGGAAACAACUGGAGUAAAAACACACAAGACUUUACCAAGACUUUUUUAUCUCGUUUACACUUUGUUACCAUCAGUCUCAGGUGAUUUGAUCACAAGUGGUCAGGUGAGGAACAUCAGUGUUUACAGCUCUUUAUAACGCCUCAAAUAAGUCUGUUAUGUCUGGAUUUCUAGGGGAGGGUCUCGGAGCCUCUCUUAACGAAGUUUAAAACUCAUGUUGUAGUGCACUGGUUGAUUGACAGGUGAGUAGGUGUUUCACUUUUGCUACAGUACAAAUGCAAUUCACACAUUCUGACUACAAAUGUGAUUUAAGUGAUGUGAUCACAUGUUUUGGACCCCAUUCUGUACUUUAUGUACUGUGGCAUUGACCACUUGUGAUCGUCCAAAACAGAUCUGUUUCCAGUAUAAAUGAGGUCAAAGAAUCACUUCCAUGUUUCAUAAGCAAAGUCACAUCUACAUCCACAAGUGUGUCGGAGCUCAGACGGGUCCAGAAAGCAUUAGAUAAUUCAAUAAAAGAACCCAUUAAAACUGUAAUUCUUCCUUGUCAUUUUUUUUAGUUAUGGUAUUUCUUGUUCCUUGUUUUGAAAGGGAA